CUGGGCGCCAGGUUAGCCGGCGGAAGUAAACACGAGAGAAAUCUGGUGACAUAUUCAGAGAAAACCGGUUAAUAAGGACAUUUUGGGAUCCUCCAUCGUCCAAAAAUGAAUCUAGAACUGCUCGAAUCGUUCGGGCAGAACUAUCCAGAGGAGGCCGAUGGCACCCUGGAUUGUAUCAGCAUGGCCCUGACCUGCACCUUCAACCGCUGGGGCACCCUGCUGGCUGUUGGCUGCAACGAUGGCCGAAUCGUCAUCUGGGACUUCCUCACACGGGGCAUCGCCAAAAUCAUCAGCGCACACAUCCAUCCAGUCUGCUCUUUAUGUUGGAGUCGAGACGGCCACAAGCUGGUGAGCGCUUCCACAGACAACAUCGUCUCGCAGUGGGACGUCCUUACUGGAGACUGUGACCAGAGGUUUCGCUUCCCCUCACCCAUCCUGAAACUGCAGUGCCAUCCCAGAGACAUGGACAAAGUGCUGGUGUGUCCCAUGAAGUCGGCCCCGGUCCUGUUGACUCUGUCAGAUUCCAAACACGUCGUCCUUCCUGUUGACGAUGAUUCAGACCUGAACGUGGUGGCGGCUUUUGACAGGCGGGGCGAGUACAUCUACACUGGAAACGCCAAAGGAAAGAUUCUGGUGCUGAACACAAACACUCAGGAGCUGGUGGCUUCCUUCAGAGUGACCACCGGCACCAGCAACACCACCGCCAUCAAAUCCAUCGAAUUUGCACGCAAGGGCAGUUGCUUCCUCAUAAACACAGCAGACCGGAUCAUCAGGGUGUACGACGGCAGGGAGAUUCUGACCUGUGGCAGAGACGGUGAGCCGGAGCCUAUGCAGAAAUUACAGGACCUGGUCAACAGGACUCCGUGGAAGCGCUGCUGUUUCUCCGGAGACGGCGAGUACAUCGUGGCCGGUUCAGCCAGGCAGCACGCUCUCUACAUCUGGGAGAAGAGCAUCGGAAACCUGGUGAAGAUCCUGCAUGGAACCAGAGGGGAGCUGCUGCUGGAUGUCGCUUGGCAUCCUGUCCGUCCAAUUAUCGCCUCCAUCUCCAGUGGAGUGGUGUCCAUCUGGGCUCAGAAUCAAGUGGAAAACUGGAGCGCUUUUGCUCCAGACUUCAAAGAACUGGACGAGAAUGUAGAGUAUGAGGAGCGAGAGUCUGAGUUUGACAUUGAGGACGAAGACAAGAGUGAACCUGAGCAGACAGGUGCUGACGCCGCGGAGGACGAAGAAGUGGAUGUCACCACCGUUGAUCCCAUCGUUGCCUUUUGCAGCAGCGAUGAGGAGCUGGAGGACUACAAAGCUCUGCUGUACCUGCCCAUCGCUCCAGAGGUGGAGGACCCAGAGGAAAACCCCUUCGGCCCUCCACCGGACGCCUCGGUUCAGGCCACCACUCCAGAGGACGCACUGACCGGCGGCGAUAAGAAGCAGCGGCAGCCUUCGUCUGAAGGAGGCCCGGCCAAGAAAAAGGCCCGCACUACCACCAUCGAGCUGCAGGGGGUGCCCAGUGACGAGGUGCACCCCCUACUGGGCGUGAAGGGGGAUGGCAAGUCCAAGAAGAAGACAGCAGGCCGCCCCAAAGGCUCCAAAGGUAAAGACAAAGACUUCCCCUUCAGGCCCAAGCCCUACAGGGGCGAACGGCCCUCCUUCCCCGUGGAAGCCCUGGGCAGCUCUGGCCUGGGAGGAGGAGGAGGAGGAGGAGGGAUGAAGGGCAGGGCAGAGGGGGGCCUGGCCACAGGGAGUCUGGUGUCACAGUCGUACAAACAGCACGACAUCGGAGGGAUGGACUGAUGAUGGCAGCUGACGAGCGCCGACGGGCUCAAACAAAGAGACACACAGAGCUCGGUGUCGUGUACAGACUGUGAGUGAGCCGCCUGUUCGGUUCGGUUCGGUUUCCGUGUUGCAGACUGUUUUCUUCUUACCCCCCCCUAAAACAAAACCUGAGCAGCAAAGUGUCACGGGGGAAAGCUUCCUCCGCCCGGAUCACUGACAGGAGAUUGACGACGAGAGCGUGAAGCCGCCGGAGUGGUGACAGUAGAUCACUCGUCCUCUUUAGGAUUCAUCAUGUAUAGAACGCCCCGUGUCCUGAUAGUGUUCGUGUCGUCUUUCUUGUUGUUUUUAUACGUAUUAAAACAUUUUUUUGAUUUAUAAGUAACGAGCUGUCGAGUGUUUCUGUUGUUCACGUCUGAACUCUGACAGAUAACGGACAGAUGUUGGAUCCCUGAGGCAGA